AUGGAGGCACUACCAUCCUUCCAGACCAUGAAGGGAAUGAUGUACAGGCAGCGGCGUCUUCGUCAACCCCCAGCCCCUCAAGCUGCAGCAGAAAUAGAAAUGUCUAAACACUACGAAACAACGCUUAACGGGAAAAGGUCCUCCAUUUUCAAGGAAAUGUUGAACGGGCAGAUUGCCAUGUGUUCUGCUACACGAAAGCAUAUCAAGUUGCUAUCACCGACACGAGAAGUGUUCCUGGACGGCACAUUCUUUGCGUGCCCAGCCCUCUUCACGCAGAUAGUCACCCUCAGCAUUCAAGUAUCCCGUGUUCAUGUAAUUGUGGCGUACUUCUUUCUGAAGGGCUGGUCAUACCAGACCUACCAAACAGCUUUCGCACUGUACGUAGAUAUGGCACACCGGAGGGGGUACGAGUUCUCUUCGCUUGUGUACGUGCGCAGCGACUUCGAACAUGCAUUGAUACAGGCUCUUCAGGCUGUCUUCCAUCCUGCCCAACAUCGCAGAUGCAACUUCCAUUUCGGACAGUGUAUUUGGCGCCAGGUGCAGCACCCGGGGCUAACACAGAUAUACAGGGAGGACCGCCACUUCCGCUCCUUCAUCCGAAAGUGUGUCAGUCUGUCAUUUCUGCCAGUCGAACCUAGUGACAGGGAUCUUCAGUUGGCGUGGCAAAUGCUGAAAGAGGAUGUGCCACAGCUGGACCCGGUCAAGCAGUUCAUAGUGCAUUUUGAGCGGACAUAG